UCCCUUUACCCCCGCUUCAUUCCACUGUUCUAGCAGCUGCUGCUGCCAGUAGGCACCGGUGACGUUGUGUUUGUUAUGGAGUGACAUCACCCUGCUGCUCGCUCCAGCCUUGAGAGCUGAUCUUCCUUCUCACAUGCAAAUAGUACUGUGUACUUUAUGAGAUCGCUUCUGUUGUAGGGGUUGGUCAAAUAUUCUUACGAUGAACAACAGCUUCAUGAACAUGGCGUCCAUUGGAGAUUUCGACCCGCUUAACGCUAAUAUUCCAGCCACCAAAGUUGAAAUCACAGUGUCCUGCAGAAAUCUGUUGGACAGAGACACAUUUUCUAAAUCAGAUCCAAUUUGUGUUUUAUAUACACAAGGAGUUGGCAAUAAAGAAUGGAGAGAAUUUGGGAGGACAGAAGUUAUCGACAACACAUUGAAUCCUGAUUUUGUACGGAAAUUUAUUCUAGACUAUUUCUUUGAAGAGAGACAAAACCUCCGAUUUGAUUUGUAUGAUGUUGAUUCAAAGAGUACAAACUUGUCAAAACAUGACUUCCUGGGCCAGGCAUUCUGCACCCUCGGGGAAGUAGUAGGGUCCCUAGGGAGUCGCAUGGAGAAACCUUUGGUUGGAAUCCCUGGUAAAAAAUGUGGAACUAUCAUCGUCAAAGCAGAGGAGCUGAGCAACUGCAGAGAAGUUGUGAUGAUGCAGUUCUGUGGAAAUAAAUUAGACAAGAAAGACUUCUUUGGAAAGUCUGACCCCUUUUUGGUCUUCUAUCGCAGCAACGAAGAUGGAACGUUUACUAUCUGCCACAAAACAGAAGUUGUAAAGAACACACUCAAUCCAGUAUGGCAAGCUUUUCGAAUUCCAGUCCGAGCACUCUGCAAUGGAGAUUAUGACAGAACUAUUAAGGUUGAGGUGUAUGACUGGGACAGAGAUGGAAGUCAUGAUUUCAUUGGAGAAUUUACUACAAGCUACAGAGAACUGUCAAGAGGUCAGUCCCAGUUUAAUGUGUAUGAGGUGCUAAAUCCUAAGAAGAAAGGAAAGAAGAAAAAAUACCUAAAUUCUGGAACGGUAACCUUGCUGUCUUUUGCUGUGGAUAUUGAAGUUACCUUUCUGGACUAUAUUAAGGGCGGGACGCAGAUCAAUUUUACAGUGGCCAUUGAUUUUACUGCAUCAAAUGGUAACCCAGCCCAGCCAACAUCCCUUCACUACAUGAACCCCUAUCAAUUAAAUGCUUAUGCUAUGGCACUGAAGGCUGUUGGUGAAAUCAUCCAGGACUAUGACAGUGAUAAGAUGUUUCCAGCACUGGGAUUUGGUGCCAAGCUGCCACCCGAUGGAAGGGUAUCUCAUGAGUUUGCCUUGAAUGGAAAUCCGCAGAACCCAUACUGCAAUGGUAUAGAUGGAGUAAUGGAUGCCUAUUACCAGAGUUUGAAGUCAGUGCAUCUCUAUGGGCCCACAAACUUUUCACCUGUGAUCAACCAUGUAGCCAGAUAUGCUGCAUCUGUGAAAGAUGGCUCACAAUAUUUUGUUUUGCUGAUCAUAACGGAUGGAGUGAUCUCAGAUAUGGCACAGACAAAAGAAGCGAUUGUCAAUGCCUCUACUCUUCCCAUGUCAAUUAUAAUUGUUGGAGUUGGACCAGCAGAGUUUGAUGCCAUGAUCGAGCUGGAUGGAGAUGAGAUUAGAAUCUCAUCAAGAGGAAGAUACGCAGAAAGAGACAUUGUUCAGUUUGUCCCAUUCCGAGAUUAUAUAGACAGGACAGGAAACCACAUUCUGAGCAUGGCGCGACUGGCAAAGGAUGUACUAGCUGAGAUUCCUGACCAGUUCUUGUCUUACAUGAAAGCUAGAGGGAUCAAACCGUCUCCUGCUCCCCCUCCCUACACACCCCCUGGACAUCCCCUGCAGACCCAGAUCUGACAUUAGCACCUGGAAUCACCCUCAACCACUUGCCCUCCAAUACUCAGAAUCACUCAGAGUUGCCCAGGCAUCUCCUCUAUCUGCUUGCACUAUGUAGACUGGAAACAAGGGGACACUUGAUCUGGGAAGUCUUCGAAGGCAUGUUUACUUCCAUUCAAGCAUUCUUCUUUAAGGACUACAACAAAAGCAACUGUGGAUUAAUAAGGUCAGUUGGCAUAAAGAUCUCUGAGGGUCUUCAUGAAUGCCUUGGAAAAACAACAGUGGGUUUUGAAGCCGAUUCGUAGCUAAAAAAACAAAAGCUAUGAUGAGUUAAAAAGGAAAGGCUUUUAAGAUGUUAAGGAAGAAAAGCAUCUGAUCAUCUUAUUUUACCUGGAUUCUUAAUCCCUUGACUGUUGUAAAUAAAUAUGGGAAUGCAUUUCCUCUCUUUCUUAAUGUUUACAUGUUAAUGAUUUUUACAGUUGAAUACUUUUAUAAUAAUUCUUUAAAUAUAUACUUUGGAAUAAUUAUUCUUCUGUGCUACCUUGCAGGUGAACGUGAUACAAAACAUAAAACCAUAUCCCUUCUUUAGAGUGUUAAAUUUAAAAAGACAUUGCAGUGUGUCCUGCAUGCAUAACCACCUUUAUUCAGACUUAUGAUGUAUAACUUAAAAUAUUAAUGCUAACACUGUAUUAUGAAAUUGCCUUGUUAAGAAGGUGUCUACUUUUCAUGGGAUAUUUAUGUAAGUCAGCACUUAUUCAACAAGCCUUAUAUUUCUUUAUUGUAUUUCAGGUAACAAAUUUAAACUACUUGCUUCCAGUAUCAUUUGACGCCAUGGACACUAUUUAUGAAAUGUUGUCUCAUCUUUUUAUGAUUCAAAUGUAUGAUUUAAUUUCAAGAGUGCAAAUUAUCAUUCAAUAAUGUUUUUGCUAUUUUAAGGUUUUAUGAAAAACAGCUACUAAAAACAGACUUCAGGCAUUCUUUAAAUACAACUGUUUUUCAGAAUACAAUGAAUAUAACCCUGCUUUGCUGGUGUUGGCAAAAUAAUUUUGCUGACUGAUUUUAGUUUUAGUUAAUUUACCAUUUGAUUUUAAACAAUGUGGUAUGUUAUUAGGAUUGGGAAUGUUGUUUCUUAAAAUGAUCUAGAAAACUCAGCUUGAGGCACAUUAAAUGUAAGGUUUGUUAAAAUUUGAUGUCUCUUCAUGCGCCUUCAAAUUAUGAUGUAAAGCUUUGGUGUAUCACUAUGGAGUAAAGUAUUGGUAAAUUGGGGUUCUCUUAGCUAGACCAAAAAUAUAUCUUCAGAAUAGCUUUACCAAAAGGCAGCUGCAUUUAGAUAUGUACUGUACCAUUUUGUGAAACUACACAAAAAAAAACUAAAAAAGGAAUGAAAAAAUAACCAAAUAUCUUAGUAAUCAAAAAUGUCCUCACUGUGGCAUGUAGCAUUGUAAAGCUAUACCCUUGUGAAUGCUUCUUGUCCAGUCAUUUUGUGCCAAAACAGCAUGAUAAUAUAUUGGUUAGAUGACACAUAAUCAGAUGUGGACCAAGACAAAUUGUAAUGUCAAAAAAGUAAUUGACAUCCAGUGAAACCUGAGGUUGAAAAUCAGAAAAAAAUAUAAAUCUUUUUUUUUAGACUUGUGCCAAUAGUGUACUUUAGUAUUAUUGAGUUAUAAUGACCUUAUUUGAGUUCUUAUUCUCCAUUUGAGUCUUCAUUCAAGACACAGUCUUUAACAUCAGAAAUCACACAACUGUAGAUGACUAUGUUUUUAGGAGAGCACUUUUGUAAAGAAAUAAAAGACUAAUAGUCAAUAUCUUGAAGGCUAGCACACUCCUUAGAAAGGGAUAUUGGUUUUAGAAUAUUAUUACUUUGUUGGUGUCACCUUAGUGUCACAUUGCCAUGAUGUGUGCAUGUGUGAACCAAUCAGGUGAAUGUGCCAGAAAAUGUUAAUGCACAGUCAUGUGACUUUGUGCACAUGAACUUUGUUUACUGGGAUAUCCAAAUACUCUAUAGAAUGCUUGUCCUAUCUUAUAGCGCGCACUAUGUUUGCAUGUACAGUUUUACAAGAAAUGCACCAGUUUUGUGGAUAGUGUGUUGAAUUACAAAAAAA